UCAACUGACCACAUGAACUCCUCACAAAACGACAGAGCUCGAAUUCGUCAUCACAGAUAGCAACCCGAUAACAGAAUAGGUCUCGCGGCGAAAAGACAACCAAACUCGGCCCAUUGUGCUCCAUCGCUUAAUCGAAAGACGGUAAAUCGUCCGUCAGCUGGGAUACCAGAGGAUUUCAAGAAGCCAUAUUUCCGGCUACACUUCGGACCAUUCAUUCACCAUGACAAGACCUAGGCGGUCAUCCGCUACGAGCGAGGAGAGCGCGGGGACUGGGAGAGAGCAGGAACUGGGGAGUAUGUACGAUUACCUCGCAAAGAUCAUCCUCCUUGGACCAAGCGGGUCAGGAAAAUCCUGCCUCCUUCAUCGCUUCGUGAAAAGCGAGUGGCGCGUCCUCUCCUCCCAAACAAUCGGCGUCGAAUUCGCCUCCAAAAUCAUAAAAGUCGGCACCGGCGCCCGCCGGAAGCGCAUCAAGCUACAACUCUGGGACACUGCCGGAACCGAGCGCUUCCGCUCCGUGUCCCGCUCCUACUACCGCGGCGCCGCUGGAGCCGUGCUCUGCUACGACAUCACAUCCCACAACAGCUUCUCCAACCUGCAGCCCUUUCUCAACGACGCCCGCGCGCUCGCCUCGCCGAACCUGAGUCUCAUCCUGGUGGGGAACAAACUCGACCUAGCCGGGGGCGGCCAUCCCGGUGACGAAGAGGACCUGCUCGGCCCGCUGCCGCCACCUACGCCAAGCAGUAUCAGCGCGCAUAGCAUUCCGUAUACGAUUAGUAGUGUGCAUACGGGGAGCGCGGGCGUCAGCGUGGCCGGGACGCCGUUGCAAGCGGGGAGCUACGCUUCGUCUACUACAUCUACCAUCCGCCCGGGAGACAGUACGAGUACGAGUUACGGGUAUGGACUCGGGUCGCAGCUACAAGCUACGGUGGCGCCGGAUGGACGAGAGGUUUCGGCGGUAGACGCGAGUCGAUGGGCAAGUAUGGUCAAUGUUCCAGUGACGAUGGAAGUCAGCGCCUUCAGCGGCGAGGGUGUUGACGAGGUGUUUGGGAGACUGGCGAGGAUGAUCUUGACCAAGAUUGAGUUGGGCGAGAUUGACCCAGAUGAUCCGAUGAGCGGGAUUCAGUAUGGCGAUUAUGGAGGUGGAUGGAGCGGUGGUGCGAGCGAUGGGGCAAGUAUUAAAAGCUCCAUGACCGGGGACGAACAGGGAACAAGAAAUCGGAGGCGCAAGCCAAGGCGAGGAGUCCAGGGGUUGAGGGAGUGGGAGGAAGUCUUUACGCUCACUAGUGGCAGAAGGAGGAACAAUGGUUGUUGUUGAAUCUGCAUGGGUUGAUGUUUUGGGUCGUCAUUUUUCUGGGAGAAGGCGUUUUUUUACCCCAGCCUUGCCUAUGAUACCAUAUGCGUCUUGCUUUUUAUCUGGUCUCAACAAUGGC